AUGCUUCACGCCGCCCUGCUGUUCAUUGCAUGUCUUCGACUGGUUGAGGCCAAAGUGCUCUUAUUCUGGGCCGUGGAUGGCAGCAAGAGAACACAGGACAUGGUGAGAAAGAACAUCCGCCACGUAGAAGAUGCCGGAGUGCCACACGACGUGAUUCUGGCGCACUACCGCGGUACUGACAAAGACUGGGAUCACAAAUGGUACAAGAAGCAUGUUUCCGAGUCUCUGGUCGCCAGGGGUUACAAGUUCCAUCUGAUGCAGAAGGCCUACAAGGAGGGGCUUUGGGAGAAGCACUAUGAGUUUGUCUGGGCUCUUGAUAGCGACAUCGACCUGUCUCAGGCAGACAUUCAGCGAUUCCUGGCCCUGGCACGGCUCACCCAGUCCCCGAUAGUAGGCCCAACGUUCGUGCAAGCGAAUGGGAAGCCUUUGUUGAUGCAGGAGCACAGCGCCAUGGUUCGCCGAGAAGGACAUGCGCCUUCAAAAGAUGCCCACCGGCAUGCACAUCAAAUAAGUGGCCCGAACGCCAUUCAAAGUCCGGAUGCAGGAUGUGACUUCCGACACACAGACUUCGUGGAGCUGACAGCACCACUGCUCAAGUCGCACGUGCUGAAGCUUGUUCUUCGAGAUUGCAAUGCUUGCAUCCACGACAAGUCGGACUGGGGGCUGGACAUGAUGUGGUGCAAGUACGCGUCCGAGAGGCUGAAGAACCAGGCAUGUGCGCUGAUCGAUUCGACUCCCGUCAUCCACAUGGACUGGGGGCUGGCACCAAUCAGUCAAGAGUUCUACAAAGCUCUGAACGCUGUCCAGGCACGCUACGACAUAUACUGGAGCGAUCGCCGGGUGCUGGAUUGUAAGCAACGAGGUGAAGGUCUGGUGGAGAUCCCCGAGGGCGAGGAGGGCGCAGCUCAGACGGGUAAGAAGCACAGCUUGAAGAAGGCUGCGAACUCAACACGCCAAAAAGCCACCGGAGAAUCAGACACUGCUACCAAGGCAGAGGACCAGCAAAGCGAGAAUGAAGACGAGCCGCCAGAAGAGGUGCAAACCGAAGAUGGACUUCCUUUGGACAGCCAGUCCAAAGCAUCUUCGGAGGGCGAGUCCGUCGACGAUGAAGCCGAAGAGGAGGAAGAGGAGCAGGAUGCAGACGCAGUGCCGAGCAAGAACAAGACAGCACAGACGCCGACAAGGGCUGGAAGCAACAGCAGCAAGCAAGCUGCGAAGAAGGCGAAAGAACACAGCUCAAGCGCUGCUGCUGCCUCCAAGGAAGGGUCCAGAAAGCAAGCCAGUGCAGGCAAAGAGGAAGAUCAAGAAGAAGAUGGUGGGCUUGAAGGAGGCCAACCCAAGGAUGAUGUCGUCGACGAUGAAGCCGAAGAGGAGGAAGAGGAGCAGGAUGCAGACGCAGUGCCGAGCAAGAACAAGACAUCACAGACGCCGACCAGGGCUGGAAGCAACAGCAGCAAGCAAGCUGCGAAGAAGGCGAAAGAACACAGCUCAAGCGCUGCUGCUGCGUCCAAGGCAGGGUCCAGAAACCAAGCCAGCGCGGGCGAAGAGGAGGAAGAUAGUGAUGACGCGCCCGACGUGGACACUGCGGUGAACACUUCGCAUACAAAGGACAAACCUGCUCGGUCAGUGCCUGGCGAAGGUAUCUUCAAGGUCAAGGCCACCCAGGAUCCUAUGCUCAAUGCCGGCAGCCUUCACCGCUCCAUGGGUGAGCCAACUGUUGCCUCCAAGAGAAUCUUGCAAGCAGGGAAGGCGACGGCUCAGACGAAAGAAGCGAAAGAAAAGACAGGUUCCAAGAGCAAAGCAGCCAACGACAGCCCUCCAGAAUACCAGGAUGUAUCUCUGGGAGACGAGGAGAAUUUGGACCUGGACUGGCCGGCUGAGAUGGAUGCAGAGACCAAGAAGAGCGAUCCUUCCAUGCACGAAUCGUAUGCCACCAAUGCUGAGACCAAGCAGGGAGAGCAAGUGGACGGCAAUUCGGGUGCCCAGAGCGUUCACGGAGGACAAGAUGACACGAUCGAGUUCCAGGAGGCCACCAUGGCAGUGCAUCCUUUCGUUGUUGAGGUGAGUCAGAGCCGAGGGAGCCCCGGCUCUCAAGACGCUGCUUCCGCCACAGCGUUCGAGGAGGCUGAGCAGAGAUUGCGAGAUGACAUCGAGUCCUUGAAGAAGCUUGAAGAGGACCUCCGGCUCCUGAAGAAGGCUCCUGGCCAAGAGAAGCAGAACGAGAAGCAGAACAAUGCUCAGAAGUCGAGCAAGGCCAAAGUCGAGGGCAAUGGGGCUUCUCACAAGCGCAGGAAGGGGCAUGCAGCAUUAGCUGUGAGCCACCAGGCGGUGUCUCUGCUGGAUCUUGGUUCAGCGCCUGCGAGCGAGGAGGAGCUGCAGGCGCUGCAGAUUCAGAAGCUUGCUGCUGGGCAGCGUGAAGUGGCUAUGCAGGCCCUCCAGGAGGUUGAAGCCAGCCUGGGUUCCUCAAUGACCGCGGAUCAGCUCGACAGAAGCAGGCGAGCUGCAAUCGAAUCCGUCCGGCACGCCAUUGCUGAGCAGGUGGAUGCGCAAGAAAGACAGCAGAGUGUGAAGGUUGAAGGAGCCACGUCUGAGCUCAGUGCACAACACACGGGCAACGAGGUAGAGCUCUCGCAUGCGGUGACCCUGCUGAAGGCAGAGCUCGCCGAAGCCAAGAAAGUCGCGGAAAAAGAUCGCCAGGUGGAAGAGCAGAAGAUGAGCGCUCUUGAAGAGCGACUGGCACACCAGCGAAGUGAGCCAGACAGGCACAACGAGGACAAGCUCCUCAUGGCACGGGCGAAGCAAAUCAUGCAGCUCAAGGCCCAAGUGCGGUGGGAUAGCCAGCGCCUAUCCAAAGAGAAAGAGGACGAAGUGGUCCUGAAGAACAAGAUCAAGCAGUUGGAGGACAAGCUUCAGCUGCGAACGCAUGCCUCGUUCCGAGAGGCGCAUUCGAAAACGGCAAAGCACAAGCACGCACAAGGGCUGCAGAAGGUUCAGGCACAUGCAGUUGAAGUGGACCACAGUGGUCUUGCAGUGCCCACACAGACGGCUGAUGUGGCGUGCAUGGAGCCUUGCGCCGGUGUGGAUGAUGCAGAGAUAGAUUUCUCGUGCAUCUCCUACCGCACGCAGCCGGGGCAGUUCAAUCCCAUCACAUCAGUGCAGGCACUGAAAUCUUCCGGUGUGUCCUCUUUUUCCAAGGGGAAGAGCGUCGCUGCAGCCAUGGAGCGUUUAGCAGAGAGGUUGCAGCCGGAGUUCAUCCUCUCGCUUGGGGACAACUUCUACAUCCGGGGAGUAGCAGACUCCGAAGAUUCUCAAUUUCAGGAAUCCUUCGAAGACAUCUACAGCUACGGCCACUUGUCGGAGAUCCCUUGGCAGAUCACUAUUGGAGAUCAUGACCACCGGGGCAACGUCUCUGCAAUGCUGCAUCGGCCGCAGCGAAACCCUCGGUGGCGCUUGCCUGCGCCGUACUACUCGUUCCGCCUGCCGAUCGGGCAGAAAGAGGUGAGAUUCAUCAUAGUCGAUUCUGUGGGCCUCGAAGGCGGCAUGCUUGAGCACACCCCUAAGGGGCGGCGUUUCGAGCAGGACCUCUCAGAAGAAUUCGCUGGCGGUAAGGCUGGCGAGGCGCAGUGGUCCUGGCUGUCUGAAAGCCUGGCCAACGCGGAUGGGUCCUCAUUGCAGGUCGUUGUGGGGCACCGGCCAAUCCGCAGCUUGGCCGACCGUGGCAAGCACGGCGCAGCGCCGCCUGAGGCGGCUGCAGCCGAGGCACUGAAGGAAGCGCUGCUAAAGGCACCCCAGCCUGUCCUUUACUUACAUGGGCACGACCACGUCAUGCAGCAUUUCCGCGAAAGUGAGCACGAGGUGCAUCACCUCGGAAACGGAGUGGGCGGGAUGGGGUUGCAUCCCCUCAAGAAUUGCUCCAACUGCAGCGAGUUCCAGUGGGGAACUUCCGCGCACGGCUUUGCGGUGCACGAGCUUGCGAAGGAUUUUCUGGCCACACACUUUGUGGACGCCGAAACACACGAAGUCCUGCACUCUGUGGUUAUUCCUUUCUGA